UUUUUUUUUUAUAAUAAUCAUCAUUUCUUAUUUUAUUUUUUUCUCAAAAUGUCACGACGAUCAUCUUUUGAAGAUGUUGGAAAAGUUUAUAAAAGAUUGAAAACAAACUAUGCAUCAUUUCCUUUAGGGAAUAAUUACAACUAUGAAGGAUCGUUUCCGAUUUACAAACAACCUCAGGAACUAGUUUCUUAUAGUAUUGAUCAUGAACGACGUGUCUGGUUUGAUGAUCGAGAAUUGAAAUAUUAUAGUCCACCUAAUGAAGAUGAUGAUCAAGAUUUAAAUAUUGGAUAUGAAAAGAUGAUCAAAAGAGACGAUAGUAUACCAGAACAUAUUGAUACAUUAUUAGAUGCCCUUACGUUUUACAAUACAGAAAACAAAAAUACAACCACAGCUGAUAUAGUUACUUGGCGGGGUAUUAUGACCAAACUUAUGUGUACACCUUAUUCUAGAAAAGAAGCAUGGACAUUACGCGCUACACGAUAUAAAGAUACAAUUUAUAUAGAAGAAGAAAAAAAAGAAGAAGAAAAGAUGACAGAAAAACAAAAGUUAAUGAGUUAUUGGGGAUAUAGAUUUGAAACACUUUAUACAAAGCCUUAUUCAAUAAAUGAUAAAGAAGACGACGACGACAAGACGAUAGUAAAUACAAAUAUACAAUAUUGUACUGUUGUCAAGACGAAAUUAGGAAACAAUUCAAUCAUCAUGGGAGCAGAAGUAGAUUGUUGUAAUAAAGAGAAAAGUAAGCAAAAACUUGAAAAUUAUAUCGAAUUAAAGACUUCAAGGAUAAUUGAAUCUAAACAAAAUUUAUAUUCAUUUGAAAGAUAUAAAUUAUUAAAAUUUUGGGCACAAUCAUUCUUAGUUGGAGUUCCAAAAAUUAUAUGUGGAUUUAGAAAUGAUGAAGGAAGAAUAUUAAAUAUAAAGGAAUACAAGACAUUAGAAAUACCACGUCUGAUAAGAAAUAAGCCAAAUCUUUGGAACCCUUCUGUUUGCUUAAACUUUGCUAAUGAACUCUUAAAUUGGAUAAGAUUAAAGAUGACAGAAAAUGAUGCUACUUUAACUUACUUAAUAGAGUUUAAAUAUCCUUUUAAAGAAAUUAACUUGACAAAUACAGGCCAUUCGCACGUAUUUUUAACUCAACGUUUUAUAAAUGGAACAAUACAGCACGACAUUGGUGGUGAAAGAGCAGCAACAACAGCAGCAACAGCAGCAAUAGCAGCAGAACAAUCAGCUGAGAUAUAAUCAAUAAAGAGGAGAAGAGAGGGGGUGAGGAGAGUGGUUUUUGCCAAGUCCUGUUAAAAAAAAAAAAUUUUUUUUCUAUUAUUCUAUAAUUCAAUGGACAUGUUUCAAAAAUUCGUUAUAAAAUAAAUAAUCAUUAUUUAUAAUAGUGGCUUUGAAACGUUUAUUAGAUAUUUUAUUUUAUUUGCUUUUAC